ACCGAAACGACGCGACUUCCGAGUCUUACCGCCUCAACGAAUACCAAACUUUUCAACCAAACCCAACCAAACCAUCAAAAUGACUGGAGGCGGCAAGUCCGGCGGCAAGGCUAGCGGUUCCAAGAACGCGCAAUCCCGCUCUUCCAAGGCUGGUCUCGCUUUCCCCGUCGGUCGUGUCCAUCGUCUCCUCCGCAAGGGCAACUACGCCCAGCGUGUUGGUGCCGGCGCUCCCGUCUACCUCGCUGCCGUUCUCGAGUACCUCGCUGCCGAAAUUCUUGAGCUUGCCGGCAACGCUGCUCGCGACAACAAGAAGACUCGUAUCAUUCCCCGUCACCUUCAGCUCGCCAUCCGCAACGAUGAGGAGUUGAACAAGCUUCUUGGCCACGUCACCAUCGCCCAGGGUGGUGUUCUCCCCAACAUUCACCAAAAUCUCCUUCCCAAGAAGACCGGCAAGACUGGCAAGAACGCGAGUCAAGAACUUUAAAGCCGGAGCUUAGUUUAAUUUCUGUUUUCUCUUCCCUUUUUUCUGGUUGGCACGUUGGGUUCAUGAAAUUGGGGUUCACGGUCUAGGGUCAACGGUUGCUUUUCAUGUUUGGGCUGUACAUUAUCCCCGUCAACGGCGAUGGGUCAUGAAUGAGAAUACCUUUUGAGCAUCAAUCAAAAGU